AGCAAAUCAGAACCCUGUGGGAAGCAGCAUCAUCUGUCUCUGGCAGACUAAGCCAUGAAGACUGUAAGAAAAAAUAUUUAGUGAUGGAGGAAGGAAAAAAGUAUCCAUUAGCAACAGCAAAAUAAUAUAAAAAGUAUUUAACAAGGAAUAUAAAGAAUCAUCAGAGAAAAUGUUAUAAAACUUCUUUGAGACCACAAGAGAAGAUGAUAGAGAUGGGGCUUCACUGUGUUAGCGAGGAUGGUCUUGAUCUCCUGACCUCGUGAUCCGCCUGCCUCUGCCUCCCAAAGUGCUGGGAUUACAGUCGUGAGCCACCGCGCCUGGCCUCCUCAUAUUAUUUUUUAUUGUGCAGUUUAUUCAAGAGAGCUUUCCAGCACCUGUGAUAAGCCUCAGCCCGCCUGCCGGAUAAUGAGCCCACAUGGAUUGAGAGAGGCCUCCUAUCCCUGCCAAACCUAUUGAUGCUACAGAGAUGUGAGGGAGCCCAUCUGAGAAAAGCUGAACCUGCCCAGUACAUAAAGACCACUCAGGUUCUUUAUUCCCGUGUUCUCCGCCUUCCUGCUUGUCAUCUUCACUCAUCAGCUGACCACGUUGCCUCUUACGGUGUAAACUUGUACCAGUCUUACGGUCCCUCUGGGCAGUACACCCAUGAAUUUGAUGGAGAUGAGGAGUUCUAUGUGGACCUGGAGAGGAAGGAGACUGUCUGGCAGUUGCCUCUGUUCCGCAGCUUUAGAGGAUUUGACCCGCAGGGUGCGCUGACCAACAUUGCUAUUACAAAACACAACUUGAACAUCCUGAUUAAACGCUCCAACUCUACCGCUGCUACCAAUGAGGUUCCUGAGGUCACAGUGUUUUCCAAGUCUCCCGUGACGCUGGAUCAGCCCAACACCCUCAUCUGUCUUGUGGACAACAUCUUUCCUCCUGUGGUCAACAUCACAUGGCUGAGCAAUGGGCACUCAGUCACAGAAGGUGUUUCUGAGACCAGCUUCCUCUCCAAGAGUGAUCAUUCCUUCUUCAAGAUCAGUUACCUCACCUUCCUCCCUUCUGCUGAUGAGAUUUAUGACUGCAAGGUGGAGCACUGGGGCCUGGAUGAGCCUCUUCUGAAACACUGGGAGCCUGAGAUUCCAGCACCUAUGUCAGAGCUCACAGAGACUGUGGUCUGCACCCUGGGGUUGUCUGUGGGCCUCGUGGGCAUUGUGGUGGGGACCGUCUUGAUCAUCCGAGGCCUGCGUUCAGUUGGUGCUUCCAGACACCAAGGGCCCUUGUGAAUCCCAUCCUGAAAAGGAAGGUGCAUCACCAUCUACAGCAGCGGAAGAGUGGACUUGCUACAUGACCUAGCACUAUUCUCUGGCCCGAUUUAUCAUACCCUUUUUCUCCUGCAAAUGUUUCUCCUCUUAUCUUUUCUCUGCUUUUUUUUUCUUAAGCUGCUGUAUCCCCUCAGAGCUCACAAAUGCCUUUGAAUUAUUUCCCUGACCUCCUGAUUUUUUUUUCUUUUCUCAAGUGUUACCUACUAAGAGAUGCCUGGGGUAAGCCGCCCAGCUACCUAAUUCCUCAGUAACAUCGAUCUAAAAUCUCCAUGGAAGCAAUAAAUUCCCUUUAAGAGA